AUGUUUUUCAUCUUCGAGCCUAUUGGCCAACUGCUGCCUGGUCGUCACGCUGUACACGUCAACCUCAAUAUAGAGUGCACCCCCGUUUACUUGUUGUUCCGCCGCGUGCCGCGCCACCGGCCCACCCAGUCUCCCACUCACACUACAUCUUCCCAUUCCCGGAAACACGCUACCUAGGCACGAGUCAGCUCUCAAGCAACCCCGUCCUGCGUCGAGGUCAGCCAAUCAGUAUCAGCAUGCUUGCUUCGACGAUCGCGGGACGUGCCGCCGUGAGGGCUUCGCGCCAAGGCCAGCGGACGGUGGCUGCCAAGCUCACCAGCGGCGCCAUCAGCGCAGCGUCCCCUUGCUCCAACGUCCGCUCCCCGCUCCCGGGGGCCUACCGAGAGACCACGGAGUUGUGGCACAACGACAAAGCAGCAGAUGCGCCCACGGAUGUUGUUGAGUGGGUCUGGGAUAACCGACAAUUUCGGCCGAACCCCGCCCCCCCCGCCCCAAAGACCGUCAAGAACGAGGCGGAGCUGACGAAACUGCUGGCUUCGGAUGGUCUCGUCGUGGUCAAGUUCCACGCCAUCCUGUGCGACGCUUCGAGGGCGGUGGAGGGGAGGUUCAGGCAGACCGCGGCUGAGUUUGGCGACAUGGACAACAAGCAGGUCACCUUCGCUGACGUGUGCUUCGACAGCAACCGGCAGCUGUGCAAGAGGAUGGGCAUCAAGUCGGUUCCCCACGUGCAGAUCUUUUCUGGCUCCAAGGGUAAGAUUGCGGACUUCAGCAUAGCGCCGCUGCAGUACAACACCUUGACCUCCCUGCUCAGCGAGCGGCGGGAUUCGGUGGCUGCCGGGGGACAGCUGUAG